AUGUCCGUAGAAUCAUUCAACGUGAGCUCAGAAUUGGAAGUUCAAAGCGCUACGGAUAGCUAUCGAUUGACCGAUCCAGCCUUGAUCAGCCGAUCACAAUCAGCAAAUAGCGAUAUAUCUGACGUUGAUAUAUCGAGAUCGAUUAUAUCAGAUAUGGCUAGCAAUUCAAUAAGCAUUUCAUCUUCUGUUUUCAAUGAUUUAUAUGGAACUGAAUUUGAUACCAUUAGUGACGAACUAAGUUCUAGUUCAGAUUUAAUUAAUGAUUUGGGUAGAAUUUCAUUUACUGGUAUUGCUAGGUCGAAAUUUUCUGCCGAGAUAUCUACUCAGACAACGAUGUCGCCAAUUAUCGAUCCGUCACUCAGUGUUGAAGAUUAUAAUAGCUUUGAUAUUACGAUUAUGCCAGGUAGUGAAAAUCAGUCAGGGUACUCUUUAAGCAGUAGUAUAUUGGCAGUAGCCAGUCCAAGCGAUCUUUAUCAAUUACCAAUAAUCAUAUUUGAUACAACUCAAACAACGUAUAUCCUACAUGGACCAAUGACCUUUAGUGCUGAUGAUUCCAGAUAUUCAGAAAGCAGAGUAGAGAAUACUUUAAUAGAAUCGUAUCAAGCUUCGUUAACAAAUGGUAGCACAAGUUAUGCUAACCUAAUUCAUUCUACCAGUAGGUUAGAUACGAUUAAUUUAGAAGAAUCUUUAUCUAAAAGUUCUAGCCUUGUUCCAGGAUAUACUAUUAGCGAUAAUUCCAUUCUGGAAUAUGCAACCAAAGAAUCGAGCGUGACAGCUUCUACAAUAAUGGCUAGUAGUAGUACUAAUAGUAGCGAAAGUAGUAGUAGCAGUUUACCAGAGAUUUCUACUGUUAGUUUUGGAGACUAUGAAAGCCACCUUUCCAUCAAAAGUUGCCUUAACGCGUACUAUGAGUAUACAUCGUUAUCUUUAUCCACAUUCUUAUCCAUCAGCAAUACAACAAAUAUGGCAUUUGAAGGUAAUUCAAUUAAUGGAUCUACUGUUGUGACAAUAGAUGUUAUGGAGAUAUGCAAAGCUAGAGAUGAAGGCAUUAGUCAAGUAAUAGAAGAGAGUUCCUCUAAUAAGAAACAAAAAUUGAAAAUGAACAGAAUCAUUUCCAAAAUUGAAAAAUCAGAUUUGGAAAUAGCUGAGAUAUUAUUGGCAAACAAUCGUUCCAGUAUCGCAUCCCUUUCUACAAAUAUCUCCAUGGUUUGGAUACGAUGUAUUCAUUCUAGUAAUAUGCCAGGAUUGCAUUUCAAUCUUUCUUUAUCCAAAUUGCAAGAGUCUGAAGUCUCAUUCAUCAUACCCAAAGAAAUUGUAAAAGCAGAUUAUAAUGCUCUGAUUGCUAAACUACCAUAUAACCGUACUACUGGUAAUGUACACUUGUUCAUUCCGAAAGUUGGAGAGAAUAAAUUUUUGAAUAUUUCCAGUCUACUAGAAGUCACUGUCAUGAAUAAUUCAUCUGAUGUUUUAAAAAUUAGAGGACCAUUGUCAAUAAAUGAUAGCACGGUGUCCAAAUAUACAUACUACAUCAAAGAUGGUCUCUUAUUAUCGUCAAAUAUCAUUGGAGAAAUUAACUUUUUGAAGCCUAUAGAAAUUAUUUUUGAUUUUACUGGCCAGUUGAAUGAUAAUCACGACGCAGAUUUAAUUUGUGCAUAUUGGAUGUUGAAUAAUGAUACUUCGGGAGAGGAAGCAAGGUGGUCUACUGAAGGAGUAGUAACAAAUCGCUCAAAUAGAACCCACAUCGUAUGUGAAACAUACCAUUUAACCAGUUUUGGAGUUCUCUUUCGAGUUACAAAUAUAACAAAUAGUAGUACAAGUGUGAAUGACCAUAUUUUAUCCACAAUCACCUCACUUGGCUUGUCUAUUUCUCUUGCUGCUCUGUGCGCAACAUUAUUAAUGUUCGUUUGUGUAAGGGCUUUGCGAUCUGUUAAAAACUGGAUUCACGCUAAUUUAUGCGUGGCUAUGAUUUGUAAUAAUGCCGUAUUUCUGAUUAUUUGCAGUUUAGUUCGGCUUGUUUUGCAUUAUUCAUGUUUGGCAACUUUUACAUGGAUGUGGGUCGAAUCCAUUUAUAUUUAUCGUAAAGUUGUCAAAGUAUUCUAUAAGAAGAGACAACGUGGUCUUUAUCUUCUACUCGGAUGGGGUGCACCGGUUAUAAUUGUUAUGGUAACAGUAUUGGUCAAAUUUGAUAUUUAUUUUGAACCAUACCAUAUCUGCUGGAUUACAAUGAAACAAGGAUUAGUAUGGUCGUUUGUUGGUCCUGCAAUUGCUAUUAUAUGUUUUAAUUUCAUAACUCAUAUUCUGGUUAUCAAAUCUUUAAUAUCAAUAAAAGCCAUGGCUUGUAAAUCUGAGUUUGCAAAAAUUAAGGCUACAGUAAAAGCUUCAAUUAUUUUAAUGCCACUAUUUGGAUCCACGUGGCUGUUUGGAUUAAUUUAUAUUGAAGAUACAACCAUUUUCUCCUAUAUAUUUGUCACAUUUAAUUCGCUGCAGGGAUUGCUAAUCUUCCUAUUUCAUUGUAUCGGCGAUAAGGAGGUUAGGCAAGAAUUUAUAAAUGCUAUUGGUGGAAAGCAGCAACAACUACAACCUCAAGCGCGGAUACCUAGAUUAAUAUCUCAACCACUUAUCCAAGGUCUUCUGACCAUUCGUAACGUUCGAGUAAAGCCAUUAUCUACUAUACCAAUGUCUUCUAUUCCUAAUACUAAUGAAGAUCACUCAGAAUGCUCAGGUAUAUUUGCAGUUAAAAUGAAUUACUUAUAG